UUUUUUUUUUUUAUUUAUUUUUUUUUUUUGGGGGGGGGGGGGGUGUGGAGAUCAUUGUUCUUCAUCUAGACGAAGAAUUCCAUCUAAAGAAGAUCUUCAAAGACAACAUUGUUCAUGCUCUAACUAGUUCAGUUUAUUUAAAACAAAACCAACUUAUUGACAUAUUUAAAAUUUACAAUGAUUUAUUAUCAUAAUCGUUUUCAACUUUAACUAACCAACUCAACUGACAUAAAAAGAAUACUAACUAAAACAAACAAGAAAUGAAGAAAAAAUAAGAAGAAAGAAGUCACCAUAUGAUAAUUAGAGAUAAGUCAGUUUUAAAAGGUUGCGUCCACAUAUAUUUAAUGAAAUAUAUUGUGAUGAACAAUAUGGACACGUUAUGGUUAUGAAUAUCAUACAUUAUUAUUUAUUACUUCAACGUUUUUGUAUUCUAGAUCACAAACAAAAUGGUCCUCAAUGACACGUCUACAUGUCAACCGGACUAUGACCGGAAAGCGGAGCUGAGGGCGUUCGACGAAACCAAAACCGGCGUCAAAGGACUUGUUGAUGCCGGAAUAACAGAAGUCCCUAGAAUAUUCCAUCUACCUUCACCCGAAAACCUCAACUCCCAACAACCCGAGCUAACUCUUCCAACCAUCGACCUUCAAGGAAUCGACGAAGAUCCAAUACGACGAAAGGAUGUUAUCGUGAAAAUGAAGGAUGCGUUAGAGAGCUGGGGAUUCUUUCAGUUGGUGAAUCACGGAAUCCCGAAUAAUAUAUUGGAGGAGAUGAUGAAAGGAGUGAUGGAUUUUUAUGAGCAAGAGAGUGAGGUGAAGAAGCAGUGGUACACAAGGGAUAUGAGUGGGAAGACUAGGGUGGUGUAUAACAGCAACUUUGACUUGUAUGCUGCACCGGUGACCAACUGGCGAGACACCUUCUACUGCACCAUGGCUCCUAACCCUCCUCAACCACACGAGCUGCCACCCCCUUGCAGGGAUAUUUUGUUGGAGUAUUCGAAACAAGUGAUGAAACUUGGGGUUUGUUUGUUUGAGUUGAUGUCCGAGGGUCUUGGGCUUGACCGAAACCACCUUUUGGACAUAGGAUGUGCCGAUGGGCUUGCUGUUCUUGGACAUUACUAUCCUUCUUGUCCACAACCUGAAUUAACAAUAGGCACCCGAGAUCACACUGAUAAUGAUUUUAUCACGAUUCUUCUGCAAGAUCAUAUUGGUGGCCUCAGGGUCUUUUAUCAGGAUCGAUGGAUUGAUGUUCCUCCUAUACCGGGAGUUCUUGUAGUGAAUGCUGGAGAUCUUUUGCAGUUGAUUACAAACGACAAGUUUGUGAGUUCGCAACACAAAGUGGUGGCAAACAAGGUUGGGCCAAGAGUAUCAGUGGCGUCAUUCUUUACUACAGGUCAUAUCCAGAAUUCGAAGGUGUAUAGACCGAUCACUGAGUUGCUUUCAGAAGACAAUCCAGCCAAGUAUAGAGGCACAGCAAUAAAAGAAUACUUAGAUUACUUUAACGCAAAGGGACUUGAUGGCACUUCUGCCCUUUUGCAUUUCAAGAUCUAACUCAUUUAGAAGUCAAUAUGGGAAUCAUCACUACGAGUUAAAGCUAUUAAUUUCAUGUUCAUCAUAUGGUAAAUGUAAUAUAUCUUGACUCACGGUUUUUCUUUUU